AGGAAGUUGUGACGUCACCUGGCGGGAGUUUGCGAGCCAACAGGAAGUGAGUCGCUGCCGCUUUGUUUGUGUUGCCAACUGAACGAAGCACAAAGUCUACAAAGUUGACACACAAAUGUUUGCCAGACAUGGACACGCACUACAAUGCCUGGGAGAAGACCAAGGAGGCAGUUGGCAACUUUCGACGACUGCUUCUUUGUUCAAAAUGCUUGCACUUGCUGAAGGAACCUGUUUGUCUCGGAACUUGUGAGCAUGUCCUGUGCAGGUCUUGUGCAGGCCCACAGGCAGGGGAUGGCUGUGUGGUUUGUCAGAGCCCCGCCUGGGUAAAGGACAUCCACAUCAACCGGCAGCUCAGCAGUAUCAUACAGCGCUUCAGUGGCUUGGAGUCCAUGUUCCACCCCGGCCAACAGGCAGAGUCCCCCGAGGCUGCCGUACGGCCACACAACGAGGGCACCGUCUUAAAACACAAGAAGAACUUCAAGAUCUGGUUUAGUCCUCGCAGCCGUAAAGUCCGUUGCAUGGUGAAGAAAAAUCCAGAAGACGCCACACCGGCCAGCGAGUCCUCAGAAGAAACAUCUGUGGCUCAGCCGGAUGCUGAAGUCGCUCCAUUGAACCACCUGACAGUUUUCAACUUCCCUUCAUCUUCCCAAGACUCUGGCUCCUUGUCUCCUAGAUCCAAGACAAUCAAGAAGAAAAAGAAGAAGAACAUUUCCCGCAGUCAGGCAAGAAUAGAAAGAGUUAGACGGAAGGAGAGGAUGAAGAAGAACAAGCUGGAUGCCAUAAACAAGCAGUGGGGCAUCACAGAGGAUGAAGAUGCCUUCAUGGAAUCAGAGAUGACUGCUGCAGAAGUGGAAGGGCGCUCCAACAAACGGGUUUCCUUCGUCAGCCCUGACUCUGGCACCAGCACCAUACAAGAAGGAAUCAUCGACAAGCUCUGUCAGAAUGAAGCAGACAACUUUUGUGAAGCGCUGCCUGCCUCCGAGUCCUUCCCAAAAGACAGUCCCAAGAAAUCGCCCACAGUGUCUUCUCCCAAGCAUUCCUCCAAACGCCCCAAACUGGAGGGCGAGGCUGUUCUCCUGCAGACCACACCCAAAAGGUCCAGUGUCUCGCCCGGCCGCUGCAGGAGAUCAUCGUCUCCACCUGCCCGCAAAUCUCCUUCGCCCAGCCGGAGGUGUAAGAAGACAUGCCAAGAGGAUCAAGGACAGAGCCCCCUUCUCCCAAGCAAAAAAUCUCCCUCUUCCCGUGCACUCCUGGGACGCACUACCUCGGGCAGUCCAGCAGUCACGAAGAAGAAGAACCACAAAGGAGAGACCCCGCUACAUCUGGCCGCUAUUAAGGGGGAUGUAGAGGCUGUCCAAAAACUAUUGGAGCAGGGAGCUGACCCCAACCUGAAGGACAAUGCUGGAUGGACACCUCUGCACGAAGCCUGUAACCUGGGUCAUGAGGCGGUGGUGCAGGUGCUGCUUUCCAGCGGCGCACUAGUCAACACUCCCGGCUAUGAAAAUGACUCUCCACUCCACGACGCCGUGCGCAAUGGUCACAUGGCCGUGGUCAAAGUGCUGCUGCAGUCAAGAGCCUCACAGAAUGUGCUUAAUCUUCAUGGCAAGAGACCUGCAGACUAUGCUGUGACUCAGGAGAUGCUGGACAUCCUCCAGGCAACACCCGAGGAGGCCACCAGUGCUAACACAAGUGUCAACAGUCUUCCUAUGUCUGAAGGUGUGAAGCAGGAUGGUGUGGUCGUUCUCCCCAGCAUGCUAUCGCUAACAGACCAGUGCCAGCUGUCCAGGCUGGGCCAGCUGCUGGACGGCAGUAUAAGCCACACCUUUACCUCCUCAGUCAGCCAUGUUGUGGUGCCAGAAGGACCCAUGCCCACCACCUACUCCACCCUCCUAGGACUGCUUGCCGGCUGCUGGAUCGUCAAAUACAGCUGGGUGGAGGCAUGUCUGCAGGCGGGCAGGAGGAUGCCAGAACAGGAGCACGAAGCAGGAGAAGGCCCGCAGCGCAGUCGCAUCAACAGAUGCAGCUUGCUCCCCCCGCUCUUCGAUGGUUGUUUCUUCUUCCUCCUGGGCUCCUUCAAGUCUCUCCGCAAGGAAGAUCUGGCCAAGCUGCUGCGGGAGGCCGGCGGUCAACUUCUGAGUCGGCAGCCCAAAGCUGACAGUGACGUGACUCAAACCCUGGACUGUGCAGCUUACCACGCCAUGCCAGGGUCUGACCAGGCCCUCUGUACUCAGUACAUCAUCUUUGACCCUCAGGGCCAGCACAAGGUCAAUGUGCUCCGACGUGGCAAAGUGUGGUCGGCUCCUUCCUCCUGGAUCAUCGACUGUAUCGCAGCCUUCCAACUACUUCCUGUGCCCGACCUUCAAUCACUCUAGUUGUCUUUUAUUUUGAAACACAAUUAUUAAAUCAUGGACGCCACUUCCACUUCCAGUGUGUAUUUUAUUAGCCUUUCUUGUUCUUCUCCUCAGAUAUGCAUAGUCCCUUCCUAGAGGAGAUCUACCCUACAUGACUGACACCUAGAGGAGAUCUACCCUACAUGACUGACACCUAGAGGAGAUCUACCCUACAUGACUUACACCUAGAGGAGAUCUACCCUACAUGACUGACACCUAGAGUUGAUCUACCCUACAUGACUGACACCUAGAGGAGAUCUACCCUACAUGACUUACACCUAGAGGAUAUCUACCCUACAUGACUUACACCUAGAGGAGAUCUACCCUACAUGACUGACAUCAUGUGUUGUCUUCAUUAUAACACUUAUAUAAGACUUUUAAAGUCAUUGUGAUAGUAGGCUAAUAUAACUAAUAUAGACACUUCAUGUGUCAUUUAUAAAUCACUAACUUCUGCCUUGGUUCUGCUCAAAGAGACAAAUGAUGAGCUCACCUGGUUUUCUUAGUCAUGCACUCUCACACAUGUAUAUUGUUAUUACUGUUAUUGUUAUUCAUAUUGUUAAUAUUAUUAUUAUUAUUAUCAUCAUAAAGUACCAGCCUGGAGAGAGAGAAAUACGCAAGUUUUGUUAGCUUUUAGAUUCGGUUCUUGCUAAGGUGAGGCAACUGUGGUGGACAAAGCAGGAGAGACGGGCGACCAUUUUAGACAGUCUAGUUCAUUCUCUCAGAGCUCUGCUAUUUUUAUUCUUUGUACUUACUCUUUUUUUGUUCAACUUCAAUUCUAGUCUUUGUUUUAAUGCAAACACCAAUUCCUCUGUUUUGAGACAAUCCUACUUCCCCCCCAGAGUCAUCACAAGAGACAAUCCCACUUCCCCCCCAGAGUCAUCACAAGAGACAAUCCCACUUCCCCCCCAGAGUCAUCACAAGAGACAAUCCCACUUCCCC